GAGGAGGAAGAGGAAGAGGAAGAGGAGGGAGGGAGGAGAGGAAGGUGGUGGGGAAGAUGUUCGCCUCGGUGGGCCCUCGGGGCGGCCCGCGCCCACCCGUCGCCCCGGCCAUCCCGGAACCGGACCUGAGCCAUCUGACAGAGGAUGAGAGGAAGAUCAUCAUGGCUGUGCUGGCUCGGCAACGGGAGGAGGAGGCGAAGGAGGAGGCCAUGUUAAAAGAAGAGAAGCCUAUCCAAGCAAGAACGGUGAACCUGGUCGGGCAGAAGAAACCUCCACAGCAAAAUGAUGUCCGGGGCAUCCAGCAGCAGUUGUCCAGCUACAGGGAGACGGUGAUCAGGCAGGCCUCGGCGGCGGCGGGUUCGGCUGUUCACCGGGACGACGCGCCAACCUGCGGCAUCUGCCACAAGACAAAGUUUGCAGAUGGCUGUGGGAACCUGUGCUCGUACUGCCAGACCAAGUUCUGCGCCCGCUGUGGGGGGCGAGUGUCACUGAGAUCCAACACGCAGGACAAAGUGGUGAUCUGGGUGUGUAAUAACUGCCGGAAGCAGCAGGAGAUCCUCACCAAGCCGGGCGACUGGUUCACCAGUUCGCCUGGAAAUCCCGCUGGCCUUGGAUCAGCUGUCAGCGAGCCGUCCGUGUGCCAAACGUCUGGGGAUAAGAAGCUCCGAUCGCGCUCCCAAGCCCCCCCAGACUCCACCACAGCAAACCAAGACCCCAACCGACCCAACGCACCCGGGACCACACUUGGCACCGAUGCAAGGUCACGUAGCGAACCACCGCGAGACACGAGAAAUGGACGGGGAGGUGGAGGAGCUGGUCGGGGAGAGCGGAGGCCAGGACAGCCCAGGCUGCAGACCCAGGUCUCCAUGGACCGGGACCUCCGUGGGGAAUCCAGGGAGCGCAGAGAAAGCCGGCGACUGACUAAGGGACGCUCUCUGGAGCAUGAUCCUGUGGGAGGAGGUGGCGGAGUAAGGCGGACAGAAGAGGGGGGCUCCCGCCAUGUGGACCACAAUGGUGCCACCCCUUGCCAAGCAGGGCUGGUCCCUCCUGGAGGCCGGGGACACCCUGUGCCCAUGCAGGGUCAUGGCGUGGGCAUGGUAGGGGAGCUUGGGGAGGGUGUUCGGCCUGGUCAGAGGACGGUGGGUGGGGUUGUUGGGCCGCAUGAACACACCCUGGCUCAGCAAGCCCCUCCCCCUGAACUUAGAGAGCCACUUGGCUCGGGACCUGGCUCAGCCCCCGACCAGGGACCUGGGAUGAGGCGGACCAAACGGGAGAAGGCUGAGAGUAUGCUGCGCAACGACUCACUAAGCUCUGACCAAUCAGAAUCUCUGCGCCCACCACCACCAAGGCCCUACAAGUCGAAACGAGGGCUGGGGGCUGGAGGGAAGAGACAAACCAGCGUCAGCAGUUCGGAAGAGGAAGGAGGGACCACGCCAGAGUACAGCAGCUGUGAGGAUGCUGAGAUUGAAAGUGUUAGCGAAAGAGGUGACUGGGAGUGCUACCCACAUGACCCCACUGUGUGGCAUCAUCCUGUAACCUGGCAGCCAUCUAAGGAGGGAGACCAUCUGAUUGGACGGAUCACCCUCAGCAAGAGGAGCGCUGCAAUGCCAAAAGAAGCUGGAGCUCUGCUGGGGUUAAAGGUGGUGGGAGGCCGAAUAACAGAGUCAGGAAGAUUAGGUGCUUUCAUCACUAAAGUCAAGAAGGGCAGUCUGGCUGAUGUGGUGGGACAUCUCAGAGCAGGGGAUGAGGUUUUGCAGUGGAACGGGAAACUGUUACCAGGAGCGACUAUGAAGGAAGUUUACAACAUCAUCCUCGAGUCUCAAGCUGAGCCUCAAGUGGAGCUGGUGGUAUCCAGGCCUAUUGGGGUGUGUAGAAAAUAUCAUGAUAUCCCAAGAAUCCCCGACACGUCCCACCCUCCGUUAGAAUCUACAGGUUCCAGUUCUUUUGAGUCACAGAAGAUGGAGAGACCGUCCUUAAAUGUACUGUCUCCCUCCAGUCCCGGGAUGAUCCAGGACGCUCCACAGUUAAUGCCAGGGCAACUCUCAGUGAAGCUGUGGUAUGAUAAAGUCGGUCACCAGCUAAUAGUCAACGUGCUGCAGGCUGUAGAGCUUCCACUUCGGCCUGACGGGCGGCCCCGGAGCGCCUACAUCAAAAUGUACUUCCUCCCUGACCGCAGUGACAAGAGCAAACGAAGGACAAAAGCAUUGAAGAAGACGUGUGAGCCCAAGUGGAACCAGACGUUUGUCUACACUCAUGUCCAUCGCAGGGAUUUCCGCAACCACAUGCUGGAGCUGACCGUGUGGGACCAACCCAGGUCUCCAGAGGAAGACAGCACCUUUAUGGGAGAGAUCCUAAUAGAGCUGGAGACGGCCUUACUGGACGACAAGCCUCACUGGUUUCCACUCCAAACCCAUGAUGUCUCAUCCAUACCGCUGCCCAGACCCUCCCCGUUCCUGCCCCGACGACACACAGAACCCCCUGGCAAGAAGCUGCAGCGUUCUCAGCGUGUAACAGAGCCUGAAUUUGAUGAGGGUACAGCAGUAGUGUCUAAAGCAGAUGGGCGUGGCAGGGAGAGGCAACGGGAGCCCACGUCUACUCUGGAGGUGCCCGAGCAGCAGAGGACGCCCAGCCAUCACGUUCGAUCCCGCUCGGUCUCCCCACACCGUGAGGAGCAGGGGCGGAUCCGGUCACGGCCACCCAACGUUCCCACCCAGAGGAGUUUGGAUGAUGAGCUUCCUCACUCCCGUUGUUCUCGUUCUCCGACUCGCUACUAUGACGCUGCCAGAGGUCGCCACCAGGAGGAGGAGUACCUGGAUGACAGUGAGAUCUUCAUGAUCCACCACUCAAUGCGAGGCAAAAGUGCUGAGUGCCUCCACACCAGGAGAUCUACUAAGCACAAUAACACACUGCCCCCUAAGAUGCCACUUUUGUUCAACGGCAUCAACAAACGCGCAAACAGUUCCACGCUGCCUGCAUGUCGAAAGAUGAGCUCUCACAGGGGAUCGCAAAUAGUCAUGGCAACACACCAUUCCAUCACACACCGAGUUGUAAUGUUCACAGAUGAGGUGACAGUUAGUGAUCUUCAGCCUACUCUGGACAGAGUUAGGAGUGCUAGCGCCAACUGUCUGACUCCAGACAAUCAUGCCCCCUCACCAGAGACUGAAAGAAAAUCUUUGUCCCGUUCCCUGCCCCGAAGACGUCCGGCAAGUCCCAGGAUUCUUAUUCAACACGCUUCCCCGGAAGAUGACAGACAGCCUCGGACCCUGGAAACACCUGAAUGUCAGACUCAUGGCAGGAAGCUCUCUGGCAGUGGCAGGGGCCACCUCCAAGGUGGUGCGUCUCUUUCCUCCUCAGUGACGUCCUCCUCAGCCCGCAGAGUGAGGCAGCUCCCACAGCUUCCCCCCAAGAGCAACACUGCAGAACAAGCCCUGGUAGCAGAGGAGCGUGUCCGUCAGCUCCAGAUGAGGGUUCAUUCCAACCGGGUGUCAGCUGCUUCCACCUCCAGCCAACAGGACCUGGACAGAGCUCUCAAGAACAAACGGGAGCUCUACAAGGAUCAGAGGAGGAGCAGUGAAAACGUUUCCCAUAAGUCCUCAGACAGUGAUGUCAGCGACGUGUCAGCCAUCUCUCGAACCAGCAGUGCCUCUCGCAUCAGUAGCACCAGCUACAUGUCCAUCCAGUCAGAGAGACCCCGGGGACGCUUCAGCCGGGCCAUUCGUGCAACGGGCGGCCACAUGAUGAAGAGCACCAGUGUGAGUGGUGAGAUCUACGGCAUGGACCACGCCGAUGGCAGCCAAUCAGACACCGCGCUGGGGAGCCUUGGGAGCGGGAUCAAGAAGCGGCGCUCGAGCCUGAGCCAACGUGUUGUUGCCAUCCUACCAUCCAGACGCAGCCGGAGUACCUCGCAAAUCAGCCAGACAGAAGCGGCGGGUAAGGCGCCGGACAGACAGAAAGCGUCGGCAGGUAAGAAGGUGGCCAAGGCCGGCAGCAGCAGCUUCAAGAGGAGUGAGGAGUACGGCAUUCCGGUGGAGUUUCCGCGCGCAGGGUCGGUCAUGAACCGGCAGGCCAGCAGAGAGUCGACUGAUGGCAGCAUGAACAGCUACAGCUCUGAGGGGAAUCUGAUCUUCUCAGGGAUGCGUUUGGGUGCCGACAGUCAGUUCAGUGACUUCCUGGACGGUUUAGGCCCCGGUCAGCUAGUGGGCCGGCAAACACUGGCAACGCCUGCCAUGGGUGAUGUCCAGAUUGGUUUGAUGGAUAAGAAAGGCCAGCUGGAAGUGGAGGUGAUCAGGGCACGAGGCCUUACCCCCAAACCAGGCUCCAAAUCCCUCCCAGCUCCCUACGUGAAGGUGUACUUGCUGGAUAAUGGAACUUGUAAAGCCAAAAAGAAAACCAAGAUUGCGCGAAAGACCCUGGAGCCUCUCUACCAGCAGCCACUGCUCUUUGAUGAGAGUCCACAGGGCAAGGUGCUCCAGGUGAUAGUAUGGGGCGACUACGGACGAUUGGACCACAAAUGUUUCAUGGGUGUAGCACAGAUCCUAUUGGAGGAGCUGGACCUUUCAAGCACGGUGAUUGGCUGGUACAAACUGUUUCCGCCAUCUUCUUUGGUGGACCCUACAUUAGCUCCACUAACGCGACUGGCAUCUCAGACGUCAUUAGACAGCUCAGGACCGCCGCCAGGCAUUCGGUCCUAGUGACCGGAUAGCGACUGCAACCCCCCCAAUAUCCCUUAAAUGACAAAAUAAUGGACCACAGCUACUGGACCACAGCUGAGCCGAGGGCGAAGAUCCCACUCAAGAACAACAACAACGCCCUCGGUCAACCAGUGAAAAGCCAGACGGAGAGACAGGGAAUGAGAGAGCGAGAAAGAGAGAGAGGGAGAGACAGAACUAGCCAAUCAAAGCUUAGCUGGAGUCUGACAAUCACGUCUCACACCUUCCCUCUUCCUCCUCCGUACACCUUUUUGUUUCUAAAGCUUAGCUUUCUUUGUUUCCUCCUGACUCGCAGCAGUAGAGAUUCUGUCCAACAUUCUUCACUUCUCUCUACUGUUCCUUUCUUUUGUUUGUUUCUUCUCACUGUUUUUGGGCAGCCCCUAUCAGAGCACUCGACCCAAGGAGAGUCCUCCACCCAGUAGCGCCCCAGCCUAUCAGAGUAGAGCGUACUGAAUGGUCCAAACAGUGUGUGGGAGCUAGUAAGUAGCAAAAUGAUGCAGCUGUACUGUUACCAUAGUAACAGUGUUGUUGUAGAUGAACACGCAGGGCAACGGUUUGGCACGGUUUGGUGACCCCUUCAGGUGAGGGGGGGCCUACACGUGCACAUUCUUAGCCUUGUUGUGAGAUAUGAUGAAAGCAAGCACAAGAAACGCUUGAGUCCUUUAUUCUGAGAAACAGAAAGUUUCACUCUUUGUCCGAACAAAGAAGAAAGAAAAAAGAGGCCAAAUUAACUAUUUGCUUUUUUAACUUUAAAUUUUUUUGGAAUCAUUUUUGACGUCUUUGUUUUGCCUAGAGUUCAGAUUGGUACCAUAAGGUGCAGACUCCCUCAGUGUACGUGUAUGUUUGGUUUUCGAGCAAUGAUGUGCCAAAGGCCGACAACAAAGGUCAGGUCACAUUCGCCCGAUCACCCCUCACCCAGUCCUCACCCAGUCCUCCCCCCCACCCCGUCUCUCCCCCUUCCUAAACCCUCACACUCCCCCUGUAGGAGGGAGCAGCAUGACUCGGGGAUGCCCCGCCCCCGGCCCCAAGCUGCAUGCACGUUUCUUUCGUUCUGUUUGUUUCGUUAUUUUGUUUUGUUCUCUAUACUUUUUUUGUAAAAUCGAAAACGAGACAAAUUAAACGAACAGUUCUCAAAAAACAAAAACAGAAAAAAGACUAGACUAUGUGUGUUAGUUCCACAUACUUUUAGGCCAGCUUGUAUGUUGCAUGUUCUUGUACAGUUUGCUCGUACUGAAUAUGAAUACAAACCGAGAAAAGCCAAGCCAUCCCCGCCCCCUCGCAGGAGCGGACCAAUGAGGGGUGGGGGGGUCAACUCCACCCAGGCCACGCCUACCACUCUGGGUCUAAAUAUCCAUAUUCGGAAGUCUCCAGAAAACAAAUGAUUCUGUUUGAGUUUUUCUUUGAACCCUUUGAACAACAGUGCUGUUCUGUAGUACUGAGCAUACUCGAGCCCCUGGUGUAUCUGAGGAUAUGAGUAGACGUCUAAACUGUAGUUUACGACAGCCGGGGCUAGAGACAGAGAUAGAGAAUGUGUGUAUAACAGCUAAAUGUAUAUGAAGUAUCAUUAUGAGUUUGACAGAAAUGAUAAAGAUAUAGAUAUAUGAAUAUAAAAAGAGUGUAUUUGACUGUACACCCAACACACACAGACAUGCACACCUUGUACAUACAAAUCAGGAUGAGCGGCUUGAGUUGAAGAUAUGAACAAACAAAACAACGCUGACACACAAACAUUCCUGGUCUUGUUGAGGGGAGUUUGCGUCCCGUUGAUGCGCUCGAGCUGCUGAGCGGCUCCGAGCCACAAGGGAGCGCUGAUAAGCCUUUAUUUUUGUCCCAGUUGAAAGAAAAAUAAGCAGAACCAAUUAGAACAAAGUUUACUUUCUCUUCCUCAAAUGCCCCUUCCCUGUUUAUUACUAUUGGUUUGGACUGGACUUCUAAAACCAAUGAGAGAUGUGGUUUUGCAGACAUAUUUUGCGGAUGUUUCUGUUGAAACCCUUGGCGGUGUGGCCGACUGCCUUUUCCUUUGUCAGUAUUACUCCAGGGAUACUGAUUGUUUACAGCCCACGGCUCCCCACUCCCAAACCAUGAUUCUAGACGAAAGGCGAAGUAUUCACUGCAACAGUUCUUGUUUGUAUAACAGAUGUGGCUCUACUGAUGUGUAUGUUUUAUAUUCAAGAGUUCAUUUUUAUUAUUUACAAAUAAAAGACUGUGUGGAAGAAGAUCAUGGCUUUUUCAAA